UGGUCUGUUUGUAUUUGUCACUCCGUGAGUGAUAAAUAACGAUAACACCAAUUCUGAUAACCCUAGACCUCUGUUUGACGUUAUUUCAUUACUAUGGUCUGUGAUUAUGUUAGUUAUUCUUGGGAAACAUAGUCGACAAUGGCGAGAAUCUUGCUGUCAAUAAGAAACUUUGGCCGAUUUACCGGCAAGCAGAAAGCAAGAUUUAUUCCUAUCAGAAAUCUGUCAUCUAGGUCGGAAUUAGCUUUUUUAAAAGAACUCGAAAUUGGACCCGAUAAUCUUGGAUCGUUUGAUGGCAGUUGGGGUGGUUCAGGCCCGGUAAUAGAGUCCAUCUCACCGGGUAAUGGUGAGGUGAUAGCAAGGGUCCAUUCCUCGACGCCUGAUGAGGUGGGGAACGCUAUAACAAAAGCAAAGGAGUCAUGGCCCCAGUGGGCAUCGAUGCCAGCUCCAGCCAGGGGUGAAAUUGUACGCCAAAUUGGAAAUGAGCUGAGAAAAAAUCUAAAGCCGCUUGGAAAGUUGGUAUCGUUGGAAAUGGGAAAGAUUUUAGCUGAGGGCAUUGGUGAAGUACAGGAGUACAUUGACGUUUGCGAUUACGCUGUUGGGCUGUCUAGGACUCUGCCAGGAAGUCUCCUACCUUCCGAAAGGAAAGAUCAUGUGCUACUGGAAAAAUGGAAUCCACUAGGCGUAGUCGGAGUUAUCUCUGCAUUCAACUUUCCCGUUGCAGUUUACGGAUGGAACAGCGCCAUAGCCAUGGUUUGCGGAGACACGCUGGUCUGGAAAGGAGCCCCGACUACGCCUUUGGUUUCAAUUGCGACAACGAAAAUUGUCGCCAAGGUCCUCGAACGUAACGGGAUUCCUGGCUCAGUUGCAUCGCUCAUAACUGGUGGGACAGAUGUUGGGGAACUGCUAGUCAAUGACAAUCGUGUACCAUUGAUAUCGUUCACGGGAAGUACGAAGGCUGGAAAAAACGUCGCCUUAAAAGUUCAAGAGAGAUUUGGCAAAUCGCUUCUAGAAUUAGGUGGCAACAAUGCACUGAUUGUCACCAAGGACGCAGAUUUAGAUAUGGCAAUUCGAGCGGCUGUAUUUUCCUGCGUUGGCACAGCAGGACAAAGAUGCACAACUACUAGGAGGCUGAUUUUGCAAACCGACAUUAGGACAGAAUUCUUGAAGAGGCUCAAAAUGGCAUUCGCAGGCAUUCUUGGUAGGAUUGGAGAUCCUAUUGAAGAGAGUACCCUCUACGGACCUUUGCAUAGUCCUGCAGCGGUAGAGGCUUACAAGCUAACUGUGGAAAAAGCAGUAAAGUCUGGAGGGUGCAUAGAAUUUGGUGGAAAAGUGAUUGACCGGGCUGGUUUCUAUGUUGAACCAACUAUAAUAUCUGGCUUACCCGCUAGUUCAGAUCUUGUUAGACAUGAGACGUUUGCCCCGAUUGUUUACAUCCUUGAGACGAAUUCAUUGGAGGAAGCAAUAGCCGUAAACAACGACGUGGAACAGGGACUGAGCAGUUCCCUCUUCACUAGUAACAUUGGAGAAUUAUUUAAGUGGAUUGGGCCCCUUGGUUCUGAUUGUGGGAUAAUAAACGUAAAUAUCGGGACUAGCGGUGCAGAAAUUGGAGGAGCAUUCGGUGGAGAAAAGGCAACUGGCGGAGGACGAGAGAGUGGGAGUGAUGCAUGGAAGCACUAUGCCAGACGGGCAACAAUAACGAUCAACUACGGGAAUGAAUUACCCUUGGCUCAAGGGAUCAAAUUCGAGUGAACUAUGAAAAAAUCAAACCAUAAUUUAUGUGAGUAGGAAUAACAACGAAACACAACAAAAGAACCACAACACUAUUUCUGUACAAAUUUAUUAAAUCUUCCAUUAUACUUACACUUAGAAAUUGAUUAGUGAUGAUGAA